UGUCACAUUUGAUCAUUUCCUUCUGCCUCUGAAAAGACAAGAGAACAGAGGUCAAACUAGAUUCUUUUAAGUGGAAAAUAUGGACAUUACAAAAUAAAGUUCACAGAAAUACCAAAAACAGUUUCCUUCUAUCAGCAUUUAUUGCAUUCCCCUAUUGUAAAUCUCUGUCUAGUUGUACGUUCUUCACAUGUUUACCGCCAUUUGGUGUUUGACUGAUCCAGCUUAGGGGAGGUAAGGUCUGUCAGUGUCUUUAAGCCCGUCUUUGAGUGUAUGUUCACCUUGAGCGUCCCAUGUUGAGCUCAGUAUGUUGGGAGACAGAAACCCUCCAGAGGACGAAGUCUGGUCAGAGUGGACUGCUCUAGGGAGAUGACCUUCCGCUGGCUGGCCACCCAAUUUUGGAGGUACCGUAUGGCGGUUCUCCUGUUGACCUUGGGGGUUACCUCUCUGCUCAUACUCCUAGGUACUCAUUCACUGCAGGAUUCAAGCUAUUAUGUCCGGCAGAAAGGGCGGAGUAAAAUGCCAACUGAGCGAAGAGAGGGACUGUCUGAUGAUGCCAGUGAAAGGCCAAAUAACAACCCAUCCCAAGAACACAGAGGAAGUGACAGUCAUGUUAAUGGCUAUAACAUGCAGAUGACAAGGAAAAUUUCUCCACCUGUUGCUUUUCUCAAAACACACAAAACUGGAAGCAGCACAGUCCAGAAUCUGCUGUUCCGCAUGGGAGAGAGGGAGGGCGCCACAUUUGCCUUCCCUUAUUACACCUACCAGUUCAGCUAUCCAGAUAAAUUCAGGGCAGAGUUUGUGGAUGAGUUACCUGAUGGUGCCUCUCAGUUCGACAUAAUUUGCAGCCACAUGCGCCUCGACCUGGGACAGCUGAAACAGGUGAUGCCACCCAACACCAUCUACUUCACCAUCCUUCGUGAUCCUCUACAGACAUUUGAGUCCAUUUUCUCUUAUUAUGCUUCCACUAUCCCUGCCUUCACCUUGGCCAAAAAGGCCGCUGAGGCAGCAGAGAACAAAUCUGCACUGUCACUCUUCCUGGAGUCCCCAGAGUCAUACUGGGAUCCCAAGGAGCAUGGGAAUGGCCUGGGAAAGAACCCCAUGAGCUUUGACUUGGGUCUUAACAGCCAGCAGUGGAACUCCUCCUGGCCGGCUGACCUGACUCUGCUGGAGGAGACGUUCCAGCUCGUUAUGAUCGCAGAGCACUUUGAUGAGUCCCUGGUCCUCCUGGGGGCCCUGUUGAAGCUACAGCCUGAGGAACUGGCCUAUGUCCGCCUCAAUGCUCGCUCAACCCAGGACGUCACCCAGCUGGAUGACAAAAUUAAGGCCAGGAUUCGGUCCUGGAACAACCUGGACGUUGUGCUCUACGACUUCUUCGUCCAGUUGUUCUGGGAGAAAGCAGAGCAGUACGGCCUGAAGAGGCUGAAGAUGGAGGUGGCUCGGCUGAGGGCCUCCACAGAGAGGAUCAGACAGGGCUGUGUGGCCAGGGAAGGGGUGCCUCCUGGGGAACUGGAAGACCUGGUAAGGCCCUGGCAGACUGACACCGUUACCAUCCUGGGAUAUCAGGUACAAGGGAACCUCACACAGCAGGAACUGGGCUUCUGUGUGCGACUGGUGUUGCCUGAACUUCAGUAUCAUGCCCAUCUAUAUUUCCAGCAAUAUGGCCGAGAUAUGAGGGCUGUGCCUACAGACUAAUGUGUGUAUAAGCUCAGAAUGCAGUACUUACAUCUACUAAAGGAUACUCUUUUCCUUCUAAGUGGUUGAUUUUUUAAUAAACAAGUAAACAAAUCAAA